AUGGAUAUUACAAGAUCACUGACAGUCCUUGUAAUUCUCUACUCCGUUCAAGCCACAGCACAAAUGAAACAAACCCAGGAGGCAAUGCGAUGCGUAGAGAAACUAAUACCAUGCCAUCCGUACAUUAAGACGGGCUCUCCUCCGCCGCCGUGGUGUUGCAAUCCGAUGAAAGAGAUCGUCGAGAAAGACACGACAUGUCUAUGUGGAUUCCUAAACCAUCCGGACAUGCUCGCACUAAUUAAUAUAACUCAAGAUGACGCUCUAAAUCUCAUUAGUUCAUGUGGAGCUAGCUAUGACGAGUCACUUUGUAGCAAUAACACUGUUUCUUCGCCUGAAGCAUCGACGGGAGCUACGACCACCGAGAGCUCUUCUGGGAGCACCACGAAAAAUGCAGCCCUAGCUAUCAGUCUCUUGGGAUUUAGCCUCAUUUGGCUUUGAGAUGAUUUUGAUUCUUCUUGAAACCAGAAAUGAAGUUUAUAUUUUCAGAUAUCUUUUACGUCUCAAAUUAC